AGCCUCCAAGGGAGUGUUGUUGUUGGUCGCCUAGCAGAAAAUGCGAAACGCGGGCUUUCGAUUUUGUUGUUAAACAACAGUUUUCGAGAACAUUUAGUCGAAAUGUGAACAUGAUUAGCUCUCCUUCAUUCCAAUCCACAAUGACACAAGAACGCACGAUCCCUGGAUGCCCUUGGGCAUUCGCUGACGACAUGAGAGGAAUCAUCGACAAGAAGGAAUUCAGCGAUGUCAAGUUCAUUGUGGGGCGCAAUAGAAAAGUGAUCCGUGCUAACAAAGCAAUUCUUAUGGCAAGGUGUGAAGUUUUCCAGGCAAUGCUGUCAGAUCAGAAAGACAAUGUCCGACCAAAGGGUGAUCAACAGGAUAUACCACUAGUCCUAGCAGAUGUUACACCAGAAAUCUUUAUGUCAAUGUUGGAAUUUCUUUACACCAAUACAUGCACUCUAAACAGCAAGAAUGUAAGUGGAAAAUAAUGUUCUUUUUAAAGUUUUGUAAUUACUGCUUGAGCAUACAUGUACAUCUUAACUGAUCUCUGCUCGAUGACAAUGCAAAAUCCCUGGUGUUCAUUGAACCUUUUAGGGCUGGGUUAAAAAGCAGUUUUGGCCCUUCUUAGGGUGUGUGGCCUCAUGAGGUCCACAGCAAGAGCAUUCCAGUACCUUUUAGGGUAAAUGAGCUUGAAAAAAAUGACAGGAGAUAUUUAAUUUAAAUUUGAUAAUACCACAGUAUGCCAACAAAAAAAUAAUGCUAAAUAAAUAGGCACCAAUGCUACGCCAAUGCCAUGCCAAAGCCACGCCAACGCCACGCCAAUGGCUUGCCAACUGCUGAGCAACAUGCUCCUCAUCAUUAAAUAAGUAUGUUUAACCUCAUAGUGCAAACUUUAUCAGGUGCAAAACUUCCACAGGUCGUUAGAGAUGUAUUUUGUAUCAACAAGCUACUGCACUGCUCCCCUAGGAUCCAAAGCUUUUCCCUGAGGGGUAUUCCCACAGAAUUUGUCAGGUUGCUGUAAGUU